AUGAAGCGUUGGAAGCUGGUCAAAGAUCAGCUUGACUCCAAGCGCGAUGCCUCCAGCAAUCUUGACCCGGCACGGCCAGCCCCACCCUACAUGGGCGGAGGCAUCUCAUCAUCCUCUUACCUCCAAGAACUUCCAUACGGCAACUCGCAAUAUGGUCGCAGCCCGUCCACAUCCAACCUCGUCCUGCCAAUGACGAAAAGCUCAAGUCGCACCUCUCUCGACAUUCCAGGCCGUCUCAACAACUUGAUCACCAAGUCCUCCUCGAACACCGAUCUUACCUCCGCAUUCAAGAAGUUUCCUCGACCACGACGCCGCACCAGCUCCAACAGCUUCAUCGACGCAUCACCCAAUGCUUCUCCUCCGAAGAUCAGUAGCCCGCGCAAGUGGGUCAACAACCUUCUCAAUCAAGCUGGUCCAAGCACAGAGCAGCUCGAGACCAGAGCGCAGGCUCGUACGCGCGCCGAGUCGGACGCCACCAUGUCAACCCCGGCUCCCGUCAGCACCCUCGUCCUGCAGCGCGGCGAUGCAGCAUCAUCAUCUCGACCAGUCUACACCAUUGACUCGGGUCUGCAGCGCAAAAUGUCCAACACCGGCCGCUCUGCCAGCAUCUACUCGUCUCAUCUCAGCUCAGCUUCUCGGUCGACACCAGAUCUGCAUCGCAACUCUGUCACGCGGCAUCUCAACAACGGUGCCUUGCUCAUGGACGUGUCUGGUCCAUUAACGUCUAUUGCACACAGGUCACAUGAAGGGGAGGAUACAGUAACUCGCUCUGCACUGGUCGUCCGCAAUCUCGACGAAGCGCCAAGGGCCGCCUACUCAGCUGUGCCCGCCCCGUCGGCCUCUGCUGGUCUUAAAGCGCUUUCACAGAUGCGCAAUCCAUUCUCCGCACAGCAGAACAGAAGCGAGGAAGACGACGACAUUGAUGCCUCCAUCGCCCACGAUCGGUCGAACAACCAAUUGGCGCCGGGCGAACAGGCGGUGCUCGACAUGCUCGACUCGAUGACAGGCGCCAGCAGUGUACCCUACCAGACCGUUACGCCUGGCACCUUAACCAGACCCCGCUCUUUUGCUGCUGCGACAGAACAUCAGCGCUCCUGGUCCGAGUACAGUCAGGAUCUGCGCUCGUCAGCUUCGGGCAGAUCUUCACCAGCAGCUGGGGUCAGAGAGGCUAUCCGUCAGCGCGAGCUUCUCGACUCUGACGCGCCAAAGGAUUCGACAUUGCGGCCAAGGCUCCACUCAACUCGGUCGGCACUGCAAGAGAAGGCGUCUGCUUACCUCAAUACUGCUGGCGCCAAGGACGUAGAGACUCUACGCACUGGCGCAACAUCAUCGUCCACCUACCAUCACCACCAUGCGCAAGCGCAUUCUCAAAAGAUCUCACGCGUCGCCGUCCCCACCACCGAAAUCCGGCUGCAGUCCCCACCGACCACUUCCGCAUCGACCGCAUUCCCGCGACGCGCAAACCAACUCUCACCCAUCGACAGCAGCCUUCUCAGCACCUCCGUCAAUGCCACGAGUCUGUGGAGCAAGCCGGGUAACGCACCCGACACGCCUUCGAGCACGCAAGAUCUUCCCUCGCCCAUGCCGUGGUCCUCAGCAUCGGAGCAAGCGCCCAAGUGGCCCAUUAGCGGACAUUACGCUGUCGAGCCUGUGGUCACGCCCAUCGAGAUGAAAGGAGAGAGGCGGUUGGAAGCGUUGCAACCAGUCAAGCCGAACAUGCAUCGCCAGCAGACCAACUUUACGGAAGCGACGAGCGUCUCUUCUGGGUCUGGAGGCUUUGGCGCCUCGCAAGGGAGUUUGCAGAAGGAGAACGUUGCCGAGGCCGAAGGCACAGAUGCAGCGCUAAAGAACACAGCUGCACAACAUCCUACAUCAGCCGUGAUCAGCCGCCCGCUCUCGUUUGUCGGAUCGAACAGCAGCUCCCUCGCCGCCGCUCGCAAAGCCGCCAUCCCACCAACCUCGCAAUCGCGUCCCACCUCGGCGAUAUUCGGCAGCACCUCGUCCGUCGCAGCAGUAGCCAGAGAGCUGCAACAGCGCUCGAACACGCCCUCGAGACCAUCCAGCCCCGAAAAGUUUGCUUCCUCGUCACCGACCAAGGCCAAAGAUCUCAUCGCCAUGUUCGAGAGCAGCUCGGCUACCGCUUCGCCGUCGUCCGAGCUCGCACGCAACGUGACGCCCAAGAGCAAGCUCAAGAGGGGGGUCGUUGACGUUGAUCCGCCUCUCCGACGGCAGACGCCGCUCGGUGUGUCCGUGGCCAGGUCGAAUGUUGGGUUGGCGGACGAGUCGCCUGUGAGCGGUAAGCUUCGCGCUCAGCGUGACGAUGCGGGCGGAGUCAGAGUGAGACCUGCAGGUAUGGUCAUUCUCGACGACGAUGCUAACGUUCCAGCGAAUGCUGAUGACGGGUCAGACGAGAACGCAGCGCCAGGAAGCGUCAUUUCAGCGACGCGCAGUGCGAGCGGCCGCUUCCGCUCCCACGGCUCCAAUUCUCAGCAUUCGCAGCAGCAGUCGACCAAGGCGCCGAGCGUCAGCAGCCCGAUAGCCACUCCGACGAAGCGUGCGCCCGGUGAUGUCCUUGGCAAAGGCGUCGUCUCAGGCAGUCCAGCUCGAAAACCGUCUUUCCGCAACAGCGUGCUGGGCUUCCUCACCGGCAAGCCUACCUCUACGUCAUUGGAGACACCCGUCUCAUCCGCCACUCUUGGCCCCACCCUCCUCACCCAGCGACGCAACAGCGCACAGUCCGAUGCGGCGCAGAGCACCGCCAGCAUCGCCACCACCGGCACCGUUGCCUCGUACCGCCAUCUCGUCGAGACCGGCAACCUCCCACUGACCACGACCACAGCGAUCUCCAUGACGCACACCCCACCCGGCACACCACCACUCCGCUCUGGCGUGCUGUACUACUUCAACGUCCACGACGCCCAUCCGCGGUGGUUGCGGGUCAAAGCUGUGCUGCUGCCCUCGGCUGUUGCGAUGAGCUGGAUCCCCGUUGGCGGGGGGCGGGAGAACGUAGUGCUGGAUCUGAGGGCGUGUAGGGAGGUGCACAGCGUGCCGAGUCCGGAUCAUCCGAGUAGUGCGGAGGAUGUCGGAGCGACCGCUGCGAGAAGCCAGGGGUUGGAUGGGAUCACGCCGUUUCAGAUGAUCUUUGAUGAUGGCGUGGAGAGGUUGGCUGCCGACUCGGCGAGGGAGAGAGUGGUGUGGGUUGCGGCGGUGUGGGAUGUCGUAGGUGCAGGGGCGGGGAGGGUGGAGAGUGAUGGAGGAUCGAUCAUGGUGGAUGCUGGGCAUGAUCAGGUAAGCGCGAGGUCGGGAAGCAACGAGGAGGCGAUUGAGAGGAUCGGAUCGGUGUGGAAGAGCGAGCUGUCGUCUGCUAUGACGGACAACGUCCAGCCGAGCUUCGGAGUGGCAAUGACGAUCGCAGCUGCAAACGUCGCGCCACCGGUCCCGCCAAAGGAGGUCUCUGCAGCACCUGCAGCAGCAUCGAGGGUCGCUCGAGCGCUGCCGACGCCUACCCUUGCCGUCGCAUCGUCAACUGCAGCCGCGGCAUCAUCGACACCACCUGCCACGUCAACAAGUAGUCCCCGACCGAAAGCGCGCACCUGGCAGCGCCCUCCACUCGACCCACUCACCGACCCCAUCCACGAUCCCACCUCCAAACAGACCAUCGUCCACCCAACCACAGCCGCAAAAUCGACUCCAGCCUCGCACGCAUCCAGCUCGGCCGUCUCCUCCUCGCACACGGCCAAAACCACCACCUCCUCCAUCCCGUCCUCUCCCGAGCUAGCCGGCUACGCAUCCGCGCGCUCCACGCCCACCCUUGACGAGUUUGGCCCACGCAGUCCUGUCACCGAAGCGCACUUCCACUGGUCCUCUCUCGACAAGGAGUCGGAUCUUCACCCGAGCGAUUCGGCCAGUCAGCGACCGGCGCGGUCCGAACUCGGCAGCAUCUCUUCGGACGAACGCACACCUGCGCAGAUGCUCCGUGACGCCGUGAUGGGCGAUCGACUGGGUACCGUGGUGGAAGAGACGCUUUCGCAGACGCAGUACACACAACUGAACGUGCGCACGAGGAGCGAGGUGAGCGACGCUAGCAUCAGCUCGAGGGAGGUCAACGCGCUACUCUCGCUACUGGAAGACCAACAGCGUGCGAGAGCGUCCAAGGAGCGAGAGCUGGAAGAGCAGAUCAAGGGUUUUCAAGAGGCGGUCGAGAGUUUGCAGAGGAAGAGCUCGAUUCCGAGGAGUCUGGUGGCGGGCGAUGGCGGGUCCGAGCUGGCCAAGAUGCAGGAGAGGUUGGGGCGCGUGUUGGAUUUGGUCUCUGCGCCGCCGGCGCAUGGGAGGGUGAGGAGCGAGGCGAGUGUUUCGCUUGGCGACGAGACGGAUGUUGAGGAUGUGCUGGCUAGGGUGCUGCGCCGGAUGCAGGUGGAGGAUGGGGUGGGGUCGGAUAUGGUACGCGGCGUCUCUGCCCCUGGGCAAUCCUCGACUGCGAUGAACGCGGGCGACACACGUCGACGAUUGUCAGCAUCGCUUCCGGGCACGAGCGACCUCGACGCCACCUCGGCACUCAGUCGUCUCCCACCUCGCAGCUGGACCUCUUCGAAAGGCGUCCCGUCACCACCGCCCAACUCGGAACGCGACGCACGAUCCCUUCUCGACCGCCCAGCCUCCCGCGCAACGCUCGACAGCCGCGCACCCGCUCAAAACUUCCGCAUGCUCGCCGACCCCACGUCUGCUGCGGCACCACGACCGCUCAUGGUCGAGCCCAGCUACGGGACGUUGGAUAUGGAAGCUGAGAUUCGGCGUCGGCGUGCGGCCGCCAGUGGUGCAGAGGGGGGAUGGUACACGCCCAAAGUUGAGGGGCUCGAGUCAACCUGCUCGGUCACUGCGGAGGAUAUGAAUGUCAACCUGGACAAGCCCGUCCCGCCGACACCGAGCGUACGCUUCGCACCCUCGGACAUCGCCCCUGCGCCCACUGUCCCCGGCACCUCCGGGGCCGGACUGGUAGCAAUGCCUGCAGUGGAUCAAACUACCAACACCGAGCUAGCAACGAUCCUUCAAGCGCUGCACCAGACCGAACAGGCGCGUCUAACCCAGGCCCAGCAACAAACCGAGAUCUCGCGCUACCUCAACGAGCUCAAUGCGUGGCUGGAGCGCGAUGUGGUCGAUCGCAGUCACGAGUGGAAAACUCUAGCGAGCGGGGUCACGCAAUUGGCCGACGAGCUGCGGGCGCUCAAGGAAGGUCGAACUUUGCCUGCUGCCACUACACCUGUCACACCGAUCGAACUGGGUGAUGCACCCGCCGAGGCUGGCGACGAGGGGAAGAAGGGGAAAAAGGAAAAGGAGCUGGUGACGCUAGGAAACAAGGCGGUGCGACGUAAGCCCGCGGGUACGCGAUACUUCAACUCUUCCGAGCGGGAGACAAAGGAGAACGAUUGGUAUCGACCUGCCUCCCCUGUCGAGAGGGAACCAACGCUCAAGUCUCGUGCGGCCAAAGUGGCCGCUGCGGCAGGAGGGGCGUUGAUGAUCCGUCACGCGCUGAGCGAGUGGGACAAGUUCAAGUCCACACGACGCGAAGCGGGGUUGGCGGAGAGUCCGUUGCCGGAAGAGGCGACGGGUGAUACGGGCAAUGACUCCCAGCUGCCGUUGCCGGAGCCCGUGUUGGCGCAGCUGAAGGAUGCCGCGGAUAAGGAGGAUAAGGAGAAGGUGGGGGAGGUGGUCAAGGAGGCUGCUGAGAAGGGGUAUGGUACGCAGGCGAUCAUUGAGCUGACCAAGCAUGUGGAGAGCAAGGAUGCUGCGGACGAGAAAGAUGACGAGGAGUUACCCACCGAGGCGAAAGAGGAGGAGGACGAUGGGGUGACAAAGAUGGCCACUCCCGUCCCCGCGCGCGUUGCUGCCAAGGAGAAAGCCAAGCCGGACGCUGCCGAUGCCAAAGAAGGGGAUGCUGUCGAAAGCAAAGAUGCUGCCGACGUUGGUCCUAGCACAGCCGCGCUCGCCACCGCAGUAGAAGAGAUCCUCAAGCACCUGCUCGUCACCAAAGAGGAAGCAUCCAAAAAGGCCUCUUCACCCGCCACGCUCGAUGCCAAGGACAAAACGGAACUCGUCGACCUACUCUACACCCGGCUCGCGGCGGACAAAGCAGCGGAGGAAGCGAAAGCCAAAGACCUAGACCCCAAAACCGCCAUCGAAUCCCUCGUAGUGGCCAUCAACGCUCAAAAGGAAAACGAGCUUCGCGCCGCCGCCGCUGCCGACGCGGCCAUGCGUCAACUCACCUCGGACCUCCUGAAAACCGCCUCGGAACAGAACAGCAAGCUCGUCGAAGCGGUCGCAGCGGCAUCGCGCGAUAUGCUCCGUCAAAAUGUCCAACAGCACGCUGACGAGUUCAAGCGGUUGCUGCACGCCGAGGUGACGGGUAUGUUUGAGGAUGUCGGACGGAUCCGCGAGGCGAAGCGACAUUUGGAGUUUGAAAUCGCCGAUUUGUGGGGGAUCAAGAAUCGACAUUUGCAAGGGGCGGGUGGGGGGUUGGGUGGAUAUGGCACACCGGGUGGGAUCAUGGCGCCGACGGGACCGAUGAGCAUGCCCGUUCCGAUGCAUCAUCCGCCGGCAAAGAUCACGGCUAUGCCGGCUGGACCACCGGUGACACGAUCCGCGCCAGCACCAGCGGGACCACCGAAACAAGCACCAACGGCCCCGCCGAGAGCCGCACCCACCCCCGCACCUAGGCAACCAGCAGCCGCACCGCCAGCAGCUCCAGCACAAGCCCAAAAACCUGCCCCACCCCCGGUCACGGUGACAAAGAACUUGCCCAGGCGAAAGGACGUCGUCAAUCCGUUUGCGAUUAAUUUUGGCCCUCGAGCACCCGCCAGCAGGUAG